UUUCCCUUCCUCUUCCUUUCGCGCACUGGUAUGGCGCCCCGCUCCCGCUCCUUUUCCGUUUCGCUUGGACUCCCCGCCCCGCUGCUGUCGCUCGUGCUUGCGGUGCUGUUCCUGGUGUCGUCGGUGGCGGCGCUGCCGGGGUCGUGUCUGCUCAUGAAUCCCGACCAGCUACAGAGCAUCCCUGGGUGGAUGACUUUGCAGCACGCGGUGGAAACGGGGUACGGCACGUCCCCGUACAAAAUCGUCACCAACGACCGGCAGUUCCCGAAUAAGCCCGCGUCGAUAUGUGGCGGCGUCGCGCAGGGAUGGGUCUGGUUUGAGUACCAUGCAAGGGUGCAGGGGCAUUACAAGUGGAGCUUCAAAAUCGAGGACAUUUUGUUGACGCCCGAGGAGCGCCGCUUGCCGGACGUCCAGCGCAAACGAUACCCCGCCAAACUCCGCCGCGAGGCCGACUUCACCGAUCUAUAG